AUGGCUGCCAGGCCUGCGGUCGUUUCCCAUUCUGUAGGCGCGCAGCCUGGGCGGACCCAUUGGCUGCCGCCGCGCCUUAUCAUCCCUCGCGGCCGCCGUAGCCCCACCCACAGCGGCCAUGUGCGAGCGGCGCUCGGUGGUCCGGCAGACGCUGUGCGGCGCUUCUUGCGGGAGCACCCUGCGCUGCGCCUCCUGCCUGCGGGGGACAGAGUCCGCUGCGCCCUGACCGGCCACGAGCUGCCCUGCCGGUUGCCGGAGCUGCAGGCCUACACGAAUGGCAAGAAGUACUCGAGGCUGGUCCAGGCGGCCGGGGCCCUGGACGGCGAGUAUGGGCCGCACAUCGUUCACACCAAAAACCCCGCGCAGCUCUUCUGCAAGCUCACCCUCCGCCACAUCAACAGGAUCCCGGCGCACGUCCUCCGCCACGUGCAAGGCCGGCGCUAUCAGAAGGCGCUGAGAAGGUACGAGGAAUGCGAGAAGGAAGGCACGAAGUACGUCCCUUGCUUGCUCCGGAAACCCCGUGCCCGGGAUCCGCCGGCAGGGAUCCGCCGGCAGUCCGAUCGGAAUGGAUCCUGGGAGCACCCGUCCAGCAGCGAGAGCAGCGGAACGGACGACAGCAUGAGCGACUUGUACCCGCCCGGGCUUUUCCCGGAGAAAAAUCCAGCAGCCAAGGGAAGGAGCAGCGACGGAGUGGUGUCAGAGCCGGCGGUGGAUAAAAGUGGCGGUGGGGAGAGAGGGGGGGAUCCCAUGGAGGUGGAUUUGCAAACAGGCACCAAAAGGGCAAAGAGACAAGCAGGCCCCUUCAAGAAGAAGUUCAAAAGUUGAAAUCGGAAACCCGGAAGCUUUGGGAGAGACGUCGGUCACAACCUGAGGCCCAUGGCAUUCUUUCAGAAAUCCAACCCUUUGGACAUUUAA